CCGCCAGUUGCCCAUCCCUGGUCUAAGGCAUUAUAGCUACUUUCCUAAUUAUGAGACAAUCUCCGCGUAUCUAUUGUAACAAUUAUUACAAUAUGUUAAAUGUCUGUUUUUCAUAUAGAUCGGUUACCCGCAUCAUAUAGUUCCUCCAUGCCGUUGAGGGGCGCAUGUUCGUCAUAAAUAAACGCCAUCGGUAAAGCCAGGCGCUCAGCCAUGUUGAAGAAGUCUCAGCGCUGAGAGAGCUGCAUCCCGCCAUUGUGUAGAUUCUAUGCUCUUGGUAGAGAGACAGGGACUCUUGACUAAACUCUCAAUAUACAUUUCAUACACCCUGCCACUUAAAGAAAUAAUAACAAAAAAUUCAAAUACGAAAAAAAAGAGGCUCCAGGGAGAAAGACAUGUCAGCCAGCAGCCUUCUUGAACAGAGACCGAAAGGCCAAGGAAACAAAGUGCAAAACGGAGCUGUGACCCAAAAGGAUACCUUGAAUGAUGAUGAGUUUGAGCCUUACCUGAACCCUCAGGCCAGACAGAGCAAUGCCUAUACGGCCAUGUCGGACUCCUACAUGCCCAGUUACUACAGCCCAUCCAUAGGAUUCUCUUACUCCCUGAACGAGGCAGCAUGGUCCACCGGGGGAGAUCCUCCCAUGCCUUACCUGACCUCAUAUGGACAGCUGAGCAACGGGGAGCACCACUUCCUGCCUGACCCCAUGUUCGGCCAGCCGGGCCCGCUGGGCAGCAACCCCUUCUUGGGCCAGCACAGUUUCAACUUCUUUCCCAGCAGUAUGGACUUCUCUGCCUGGGGCAACAACAGCUCUCAGGGACAGUCUACGCAGAACUCUGGCUACAGCAGUAGCUAUGCCUACGCACCCAGCUCGCUAGGGGGUGCCAUGAUCGACGGACAGUCCCCCUUCGCCCAGAACGAGCCCCUCAACAAGGCACCUGGCAUGAACAGCUUGGACCAGGGCAUGGCUGGACUUAAGAUUGGUGGUGGUGCCGGGGACAUGGGGGCCCCAAAGGUGGUGGGCUCUGGCCUCCCCAGGGGAUCCCUAGGCCACAGCCAGGUUUCUGGUGGAGCUCCCAGCAUGCCACUGCCCCCCGUGUCCAACGCCCCCGCUAAGCCCGCCUCCUGGGCGGACAUUGCCAGCAAGCCGGCCAAGCCGCAGCCCAAGCUGAAAACCAAGGGUGGCAUAGCGGGGACCAACCUGCCCCCUCCGCCCAUCAAACACAACAUGGACAUUGGCACUUGGGACAACAAGGGGACUAUGCCUAAAGCGUCCACCCCCCAGCAGGCGCCUCUCCCCAGCAACGGGCAGCCGCCCAACCAGGCCUCACCUCAGCCCGGCACCAUGGCCGGAGGGACCCCGCAACUGCCCCUCAGCAAUGGACAGUUGGUGGCCUCUUCGGCCCAGCUGGGGCAGCACCAAUUCCCCCCCAACGGGCAGCAGGGCUUGGGGGGACAGCUGCAGCUCUCCCAGGGCCCCCCGCCCACCACCCAGCCAUCUCAGCCCACCCGCUGGGUCCCUCCACGGAACCGUGCCAACGGCUUUGGGGAUGCCGUGGGUGGGGCGGGGCAGUCGCCCCCCAACUCGGGCGUGGGUGGGGUGCUGGUGCUCUCGGAGCCCCACCCGGUGCUGGAGAAGCUGCGCCUGGUCAACAACUACAACCCCAAAGACUUUGACUGGAAUCUCAAGCAGGGCCGUGUGUUCAUCAUCAAGAGCUACUCCGAGGACGACAUCCACCGCUCCAUCAAGUACAACAUCUGGUGCAGCACGGAGCACGGCAACAAGCGGCUGGACGCCGCCUACCGUUCGCUGGGCGCCAAGGGCCCCCUCUACCUGCUCUUCAGCGUCAACGGCAGUGGCCACUUUUGCGGCGUGGCGGAGAUGCGCUCGCCCGUGGACUACAAUACCUGCGCCGGCGUGUGGUCGCAGGACAAGUGGAAGGGGCGCUUUGACGUGCGCUGGAUCUUCGUUAAGGACGUUCCCAACAGCCAGCUGCGGCACAUCCGCCUGGAGAACAACGAGAAUAAGCCAGUGACCAACUCGCGGGACACACAGGAGGUGCCUCUGGACAAGGCACGGCAGGUGCUGAAGAUCAUCGCCGGCUACAAGCACACCACCUCCAUCUUUGACGACUUCUCCCACUACGAGAAGCGCCAAGAGGAGGAGGACUGUGUGAAAAAGGUGGAGGUCCAGGGUAGCGAGCCGUACCCCAGUAACCCCAACCCCAGCAGGAGUCAUUACAGACUUCAGGAACGCCAAGGACGUGUCAAGUAACAGUCACUGCUUUGGGAAAAAGACUGCAAUGGCCCCUCUUUUCCCUUUCUACCCCCAUCACAUUCAGAUAUUUCAAGAAAUUCUAAAUGGGGUAUAAAAAAAUAAUAACCAAGGACACACAAAAAAAAAACGAAAUGAAGACUUUCUUGAUUUCUUUUUACUUUAAAAGACUGACUUUGAACUUGUAGUAAAAUAAAAAGAAAUUAUUAUUCAUAGGACUAAACUUUGAUGCAUAGCAUCCUUAGGUGAAUCCCCCCCCCCCCCAUUCCACUACAUGUGCUUUUUUUUCUUACUCAUGUGCUCACCCCUCCCUCGCCUGUUUUUACAGUCUGAAAACAAGUCUGUAAUUCUUCUCAUGCAAAAUAAUAGUGGACAUUUUUUUGUGUCAUCUACUACGGCUACUAUUAGUGGACAGAAGUCCAGGCGGGUCAUUAUGUAAACCUCCUCCUCCAGUGGGAGAUGAAAUCAUCCAAUCAGGACGUGGGGGGGGGGUCUCAGUGGAUAUGUGUUGUAGUUGGUCUUGUCAUCGGUUCCUUCAAGAAGUUUCUUUUUCAUAUGCUUCCAUCUGUUUAUAAAAAAGAACUAAAACAAAUGAUCGCGAUGACCUUGUUUAUUUUUUGUGUUGGGCAGAGUGUAUGGGGGGCGGGGUUUAAUGUUGGAGGGGGGGGGGGUGAAAGCAACAAGAUUUGUUACGUUUAGCCUUGGUCAUUGUAUAAUUGUAUGUACAAUUGUACAAAAUUGGGCUGUUUGCAGACUUCAGAACUUAUUUGCCCUUUUUCUUGGACUGGUUUAUUAAUGUUUUUAUUGGCUGCUUUCCUCCCGCCAUUUUUGUUUCCUCUUCCUCCCGUUUUCUUAAAGACCGCGUCGACGCGAGUGGCCUUGCCGCCCCCAUUCUUUCUAUUAAUCAGUUCAAAGUAAUAAACGUCGUAUACUCAGCAAGAACUCGUGUGCAUUCCCCUUGUUUGACUGUAAGCACUUUUCAUGCUGUGUGCAUCCCCUUUUCAGAUUUUUUAUUAAGGGUAAAUGUUUUAUUUGCUAAGUAAGCCAUACCCCCCCCACACACACACACACACUUAAUUCUACCCCAAACAUCCCUCUCUUACUACUAACCACUACUGUCUCUUUCCACUGCCUGCUCUACCAUAACACCACCACCCUUGCAGAAUGUCAAUGUUGGUGAAAACACUACUGGCUUUUCUCUGUGGUAUAAUAAUAAUAAAGUCAAUCUUCCUAUUUUC